AUGUCAGCCAAUUCUGUCCUGCUCAUUGAUGGCACUUCUGAAAGUUCAAAACAAUAUGACAUGCAUCUUGUACCGUGCAGGAUUCGCACAACUGGUCAUACUAACGAGCUCGCAAACAACUUCAAAAAAGACGCUGAAGAGUCUGCAGAAGACAAUUCGCAAGUUGUUACCUAUAUAAGGGGUCGCAAAAUCAUUGGAAAGCCUCUGACGUGCUUGGACCGUUUCCAAACUGUUCUUUUGGAGCCCGAACAAGACCCUGAAACACCCAAUACCUACAAAGAAACUGCAAGAAUUGGCAUGGUGUUCAAUUACGAACGCGAAGGCAACGAGGCUCGCCUACAAGAAGAGAUAUCAAAGUUCGAGGAGCACCUUCAGCUUGCGGAUGUGAUCCAUGAUUAA